AUGUUUGGGCAUCCUGGUAUUAGUGCUCUUGAGUAUGCGGGGCAGGUCGAGAAGAUGAAGGAGCAGCAGAGGAAGAGUGAGACAUCGCUUAAGCGCAGGUCUGGGACGAGUACUCAAGACAAGACGAACUCCUCGACUACUGCUGGCGCUGAGGAAAAUACUAUUGAGCUUUCAUCCCCGUUGCAUUUCGUUGAUGAGUUUGGCUGCCAGCAAAGGAGAAGAGGGACGUUCAUCAAUCAUACUCCGCGGAACUACGAACUGCGGUCGAGCCAGGCAAUGGAGAUGAGUCGACCAUCACGUGCCGAAAGCGAGAACUACUCUCGCCCACUAUCUCGACAGAGCAGCAUGGCCAGCGGAAGUCCCGCAAUCGCAAGUCAGCCUGCGUACAGUCCGUCGACAAAUUCGAGUUCCUUCGGCAAGCGCUCCACCCUCAAUCAUGAAACAGUGGCUGAGCUUGACUCAACCGAGAUUGGCAUGUCUUCGUCUCCAGAAGUGUACAUGCCCUCAAGGUCACAUCGGCGUUCGCUUUCGGCGCCUCACGGCAAAAUCCUCACUUACGAGCCGGGUACUGCCACGUCGGUCAGCCAUCCAAGCAAAGACCCCAGCCUCCGUAGUACAAGCCUAGCCAGUCACCAACCUCGAUCUCCGGAGAAGAAACGUCAACGACGCCAGACGCCCUUUAAGCUCAUCACUUCGACGCAGAUCAAUGUACCUCGACACGCACCACUGGAGCCUUGGGUAGCUGAGCAUCGCCGCAAAGAAACAACUGAAACCAUUGAGACAAUUGGCGACGUACCUGUUGACAUGGACCGCGAGUUAUCUGCCGAGUUUGGUACUUUCGGAGUCAUUCAGAGGUAUUUUGAGAGCCAAGGAGGUGGUUCAGUGGCUGAAUCAGAGGACCGGUCCACGAAGUUGUCAGGCGUCACGCUGCCUGUGUCUGAUGAGUCGAGCUUGGGGAAGUCCUUCCUCGAGCCCAUUGCCAUAUAUCCCAUCGAGGAACUCGAGCUGCCAAAUGAUCCACCACCGGUACCAGAUCGGAGCCCGAAACGCCUUACCAACCCAGCUUUUCCAACAAGCCCCAAAUCCUUGAGGGUGCGGGACAGCGACUUCAACAUUGCCGCCGAAGGUGAAUAUUCGCCUUACGAGCCGGACGGUGACGUCCUGCACGUUGCCAAAAAGAGGACUUCGGCGCUCCCCCGGGUGGAACAUGCUGCCUGGAUCGGGUCGCCCAACGUGGGCAGACUUGCGCCACCAAUUCUGGGUCACGAUGCCAUCACAGCUAGUAGUAACCUGGGGCUCAAUGACCUCAGCUUCUGGCUUAAGAACACUGGGCCUCCAUCCGCACCUCAGGCGGUGACGCAAGAGCAGAAGAAGAAGGGCAUGAAGCUGUUCAAGGUGAAGCAACGAAAGAGCCUCGCUGCCCGUGUGGGCUCUGUGGAAGGCUCUCCCCAGCGAGCACGCAACCGGCCUGCAGUACCAUCAUGUGCGAAGGAAAUGACCACAUCGAAAGGAGCGCGCCAUCUCAAAAUCAUCAUCCCAACUGAACCGCCAGCGGGAUAUCAACCACUUACAUUACCUAUAAUCAAGCAACGCCACUCCCGUCACAUCUCUAUCUCCUUCACCGAGGAAAUGCUCAACCCACUCGCUAGUCCUGCUGUCGAACACAUCAUCUCGACACUCGAACCCCAAGACCGCUCUACCUCCACGCCAGUUCCCAAGUCCCCUCGGAGCCCGAAGCGCUCACCAAAAGCGCCGAAACCAGUGCCCGUCAACGAUCAUCCUCUCGCUACGCCAUCGCCGUCGAGAGACGAAUUGACGCGCGCGAGGAAGUUAAGGGACUUGCAGCGGAUUAAGAGGAAACCAGUGCCGAAGCAGGAUACUUCGGCCGGUGCUCUUCCGACACCUGCACAUACGCCGGAGCCAUGUGAGCGCGAACACGCCAAAAGAGACGAUGCUGAGGACAAAGUGGCGCGCAUGCAAGACCAGGUGCAAGCCAUGCAGCGGCAGAUUGCGCAACUCGCGGAGGCGUUGGCGGAGACGGUGGGACUGGACGUUGAUGGUGGGGAGGUCAAGGGGGAGGAAGUUCUGCAGGCUUGGAAGCGAAUGAGGGAUUCGAGGGUUGUUGGCGUUAAAUAA